CACAAGCAUAAAAGCACUCCGAUUUAAGAAAAUUCUCAAAUAAUAAUUCUCAAAAUAAUAUAACAUUUGCUCUAUUGGUCAUACUGGGGGGCAUCUAGAUGUAUCUCUAUGGUGAAAUAUUGAUCAGUUAUCAUGCACUGGCAAACACUGACAAAGAAGUUUUAAGAUUUAAUCCUGUAAACUUAAAUGUUUUAAUACAACACAUUUUCUGGAACCUGUGAUUUAAGCAUUCAUGGUGCAGUCUAGGUGUCUGAUUUUCAACAAAAAAAACUGACUAGACUAGACUAACUGAAACUGUUGACUAAUGCUGGCUAGCUUGUGACUAAUGUUUUUUGAGUGGCACUUGUUUAACAGUACAAAUCUCACCUGUUGUAGUUCCAACUAAGUCAGCUCUUUUUGGUCAGAUUGUGUUAAAAUAAAGAUCAGAUUUAAGUCUAAAUUGAGUAACAGAGUCUCAGACAAAGCAGAGCCUACAAUUGCAUCACACCCCAAGGAAAUGUUGAGGAUAUCAGUGCAGAGUAUCAAACUAUUAUUAUUACUUUUAAGUGAUGAGCACAUAGUUACAGUUAAUGCAUGCAUCUUAACACAGACGCCAUGCAAACUAGUGUGAUUUCUCAACAAUAUGGACCAUCAGUCUUGUUGAAUUUAGUGGUAAUUCAGGCCUCUUCAUCAAACAUUGUGGCAUGGAUUAUUUCAUAACACUGGAUUAGAUACAUAACCAGGUUACAGCACUUUAUUUUUGGCUACAAAACUGAUGUAUUGUGUUUGUGGCUUUAAUUAGAUGGGUGUUUUGUUUUUUAAUACAUUAGUUUACCAAAGCAAAUACACAUUACAAAAACGACACAUUCACUACAUACGGUUGAGGCUGUAAAUAUAUUUUACAGGUCUAUUGGCUAAUAUUGAGCGAGUCGCCCGUUCAUUUAUUUGGGUUUAGCGUUUUCCUGAGUUGUGGGGGAGGGCACACCCCUGGAGAGCAGUCUAAUCCUGGAGAUUUGAUUUGGAGACAGACCACCACGUGCUCAGAAAUGGCUCCGUAGUGUUUGUCCAAAGCCUGAAAAAUGAGGAAAAACAAGACCUCUGCAAUUUUAACUCUUCUCCUUGUCUCACAUACUAAACUAUGAGAAUAUUCUGUGCUCUGAGGAGCGCAGUUACCGAAGCCGCUAUUACAUCGCAUGGUCGUGGUACCAGACAUUGUAUAUUUUGAUAGUCCUUUAGGGUCAUGAUUAUUAUUGCUUCAUAACUCGUAUGUUGUCUUUGGUGGUGUGGGCUGGUUUGGGUUUACCGGUAAAUGUCUGUAUUUUGGCCCGGCGGCUCCAGUCCAGACCGGUCUUGUGGCUAUAAUAAGCCGCGCGGCAGACGCACAGGGAUGUUAAACCCGGCUGGUUUAUGCAAAUGAGCAGCGCCGCGCAGAUUAGGACUGAGCCUGGGAUCAGCGAGCUGCCGCUCCCUUUAGCAAAGCAACCAGUGCCUCCAUUUCUGUGUCUUUAUAAAACACCGACCACCUCUUUACGUGCUAUUUAUUUUCCCUCGCACUCUCUGAUUCUUAUCACGUAUAGAUCACGUUAUCCAGAUGCGGUGUUUAUUUAGAUAAACUGUGGAUGGCCAGAGCGCUCCUGACUACUGCGCACGCGCAAACCCCCCGAAUCCCUCCCCCCUCGAGUUAAGCCAGCACUAUUUCUAAACCCUGCAAGUUUUAGCGAAAAAUGGGCACUUCUUCAAAGGAAACAUGUAUUUAAAGACCAUGGCUGUUUGUGCUCAUGAUGCAGACUCCACAGACAGCCCUGUGCUGUGUUUCAUCCACAUUGUGGCCAUUUCUCUGCUUUAGUCUGUACUAUGCCUGGUUUGGGGUUUACAGAGACCCAGCUGUAACUAGGUCGGGCUGGGCUUAAGCGGCUUAGCUACGUCAGUCUAAGCUGGGAGGAAUUCAUCCAAAGCCUUUCCCGAUAGGCGGGGGCCUAAAACGAGGCUGGCCUAGUUAAGCCUGAUUCUUAUUGUGUGCUGCACAGUCUGUCUUUGUUGUGAAACGUAGCUGAGAGGAAACACAGGAGUAGAGGUUCUGUCAUAGACCUGAGGAAUAGGUAAUGUUUGAUUCAGGGAAAGAGAAGAAAAAUUACAGAUGUGUGGGAGUUAGUCCCAGCUUUAAGAUGGACCAGGGGAAGACAGCAGCAGAGCACCCUGGGAAGUGUCUGGGGAGUGCUAGCUUCAGUCUUGACCAGGAGAGGGCUGCAGCAGUGGCAGAGAACAUGGGAGCCAAGAGUCUGAACAGUUUAGGUGUAGGCCAGGAGAGAGUGAGAGCAGAGCACUCAGAUGGGAGCAGCCUGAGCAGUAUUGGCUUUGUGGACCACGAGAGACUAGGGCAAGACCAUGCGGAUGGGAACGGCACUGCAGACUUUGGGUUACUGAAAGGUGACAGUUUUAGGCCUGACUUAGUUUGCGUUAGUCCGCUAUACAAAAAGAUGAUCACCAAUAAGAUGGCCACGAGCAUGAUUGGCUCCAACUCCAUGUUCCUGUCCAGUAUGGUGGGCAAGGCACGUUCCUCAAACUUCACUCUUUCGGAGAAGCUGGACCUGUUGCAGUUGGUGCGACCUCACAUCCGCAUCUUGGAGGAGCACACCAACAAGCAUGCAGUGAUCGUGGACAAGAACAAGUGCUGGGAAACUGUGGCGGAGCAGUACAACACUUUGGGAGGAGAUCGGCCCCAUCGCACCGCUCAGGGCCUCAGGACACUGUACAAGAGACUGAAGGAGUCCGCUAAACAAGAGGUGAUGCUGCGAAGACACGCCCAGCCUGAGUACAGGUCUAACAUCUCUGAGCCCACGCGCAGAAUCAUGGAGAUGAUCCCUCACCUGUUCCACCAUGUGCCCUUCAUGGACAAGGAGCCUGCCCUGUACAGAUUGAUGAUAAACAAACAUGGUGUUCCCAUCGAACAUCCCGGCAGCAGCUCUUCUUUGGCUGGACUCCAGGAUUUCUCAGAUGUCCAAAACAUGUCCCAAGAGCAGAUCCAGUCGGAGUCUGACAGUGAAGCUAGACCCUCCUCAGACGACCAUGCCCCAAACAUGCGCCCCGAAAUGGGACAGGAGGGGGGUGAAGAAGAGGAGGGGGAGCAGGAGCUGAGCAGUAACCAGGACUAUGAUGCCUCUCUAUCCCCUGACUCUGUGAACAUGCCAAUGCCAGUUUCACCAGUGGCCAUCCGAAAUGACCUUUACCCCAACAACAUCUACCCCCAACAUGAGGUGGAGAGGUUUCAGUCUCUGCAGCUGUCCCGGGAGGAGCAGGAACUAGUGCUGUCCAAUCACAGGAAGGUCGCCCUCUACCUACAAGAAAAGAGGGAAGCACUGAAGAGGAAACAGGAACUAGAGGAGGAACUAAUACGAGCCAAAAUCACAGUAGAGAUGCUCAGAGCGGAGAGGCUGAGACAAGGACUGUCUCUCCCACAAUAACCUGCUGACCAGUGUAAACGAAGAGGCAGUUAUCUAGACCUGUCACGAUAACUACUAUCGACUUCAGUAUACGACACAUGGGACGAGCAUUUUUGGGCGUCAGUAUUUAUCUUGGGUAUUUUUUCUUUGUACUAGUGGGGAACCUUUUGUUAUUUUUCUGUGCUAUGAGAAGAUUUGAGCUGAAGGUUGAAUAAAUAACUUCUAUGACUCAUUAUAGAUACAAACUACUAAACUGUUUCAUUCUGCUGUUUAUUUAUUGCAGCUCAUGUUUUUAAUAGAUUUUGUACAAUUAGAACUUUUUUUAAAUAAUCCUGCUUUAGGGUUAUUGUGUCUUUGGCAUAAGUUAGUUUCAUUAUUGACAUUUUCCUUUUCUUUCAUUUUCUUCAGCAAUAUAUAUAUUGCACUUUGAAAUGCAUUAUCGUGACAAGCCUACAUUUAUCAUGGGUCCUGUAGGAAAUCAUUCUAGUGCCUCUUUGAUUUAUGGUGUUACAGUGGAUAAUGGGGUGUCAUGUAGCCAACUUGCCAAGGCUGAGGCAAUGUAACACUUAAAAACUUAACUACAUUUAAAGCCAAAUGAGAAAAAGCACUAUACGCAUAUUUACAACAACAAAAUAUAAGGCUGGGUUGAAAUCAGAUGUAAUUUCAUUGUUUUGACCGUCUAUUGAAUUGUAGUGUUACAUAGUCUUAUACUAUGAGUAGCAGAAAAUCUUGUUACAAUCAGUGUUAUAUGUUGUCGCUGGGAUUGUUCAAUGUUCAGCCAACCUUUGCCUGUUCUGUAAGGUCUAUCAAACAUUAAGGCUUAUUGUGGUGUAGCAGUACAUAAGGAAAAAACUAAACACAUUCUGCCAUUACAGUUUACCUUCAUUAAUGAAAGCCUUAAAUAUGUGGAAAAUAAAUAAUAAAGAAAUGUCUUUCCAGUGUUUUAGUCGAGGCACUCAAGUAUUAAGGCUAAAAUAAAUGAAAUUAUUGUUGCUGUUUUUAUUAUCUAAUUGUAUAUUGUAUUAUAUGUGUUGUAAUCUUUUGUAAAACGUGUUGUUGCUUUG